AUGGAGACCCUUUUUGGAAUCACAGGCAAGGACUUUGUCAUCACCGCCUACGACUCCAAGGCCGUGGCGUCAAUCACACUCAUGAAGAUUGGCGAGAACAAGUCCCGGGAGUUGAACCCACACACGCUGAUGCUCUUCUCGGGCGAGCCCGGUGACGGCGUCCACUUCUCGGAAUAUAUCGAACGCAACAUCAAGCUUUAUGGGAUCCGGAACGGUAUCGAGUUGAGUCCUCGCGCUGUUGCCUCGUUUGCUAGACGCGAACUUGCCGAUAGCUUGCGUAGCAGGAAACCAUACUCGGUGAACUUGUUGAUUGCAGGAUUCGACGUCAAGACGAACAAGCCUUCGCUCUAUUGGCUCGACCACUUGGCAUCAUUGGCUGAUGUCCCCUUUGCAGCCCACGGUUACGGAGCCUACUACUGCUUAUCGCUUCUGGACCGGUACCAUCGCGAGGACAUCACCGAGGAGGAAGGAAUCAAGCUCUUGCAAAAGUGUGUGGGCGAGUUGCGAACCCGCAUGAUCCUCAACAUGCCCGACUUUGUCGCCAAGAUCGUCAACAAGGAUGGUAUCCGUCUCGUCCAGCUCUAG